AUGCUGAAUACAGGGAGAGCUCUCACCCUGCAUGUGGAUAAGGAUGGAAAGGCCCGCUAUGAUGCUAUCGUCAUGCAGGGCCGCCGUGAAGGCCAACACGUCCAAUCACAGUACAAAGAUCUAGUUCCUCUAUCUCAACGUGACGAUCUAAAAGAUCGUAAUCGUUCCAUUGAACGUCCCUCCGAGGAAGAAGUAUCGGAAACAGCCGACAGAACUCGCAAGGCGUUUGAAGAAAUUAUUCAUGGUAAAAUUAAAGCUGCUCAACCAAAGAAUGUUCCCAAAACAGCAGGCAGCACUAGCUAUUUGCGAUACACACCCGCCUCGCAGGGUGUCGAUGGAAAAAAGCAACGCAUCAUUAAAAUGACAGAAGUGGUGGAAGAUCCUCUUGAGCCACCCAAGCAUAAAUUCAAAAAAGUACCGAACGGCCCGCCUAGCCCACCACCACCUGUGCUUCGCAGUCCGCCUCGCAAAGUAACCGCCCAAGAACAAAAAGACUGGAUGAUCCCCCCUUGUAUUUCCAACUGGAAAAACAACAAAGGUUACACUAUUCCUCUAGAUAAACGACUGGCCGCCAGCGGUCGUGGAUUGCAAGAUGUCCAAGUGAACGACAAUUUCGCACAGUUCUCUGAAGCACUCAACUUGGCUGACCGUCAUGCACGUGAAGAAGUACGACAGCGCAACAUUAUGCAGCAAAAAAUUGCUUCGCAAGAAAAAGCUUCACGCGAAGAGAGUCUGCGCAUGUUAGCACAGCGUGCUCGCGAAGAACGCGCCGGUAUGUCCAGCUCAGGAAGCCGACUUGCAAGUAGUGGUGGUGACAUGCCUACCACUUUAGCUAAUUACGGAAGCAGUGAGAGCGAGGAUGAGGACGAUCCUGAGGUGGCUGCACGCAACCGUCUCCGUGAGGAGCGCCGUCGCGAACGUGAACGUGAACUGCGUAUGAGUAAUAUGGGCAAAGAGCAACGUGCGCGUGCGUUUGCGAAAGAGCAGAACCGUGAUAUUUCAGAAAAAGUUGCUCUUGGCUUGGCCAAGCCCACUCUAAGUAAGGAAUCAAUGACGGACGCGCGUCUAUUUAACCGAGAGUCAUUGUCAAAUACAUUUGGUAAUGACGAUUCUUACAAUGUAUAUGACAAGCCAUUAUUCCAGGGAUCAUCAGCGGCUGCUGCUAUUUAUAGUCGGCCGGGUAACGGUGGCGCUGACGAUAUGUUCGGUGGCGGCACGGAAAGUGGCAUCAAUGAAGAGCUUCAAAACGACAGAUUCGGUUUGGGGAAGAACAAGGGUUUCAGUGGUGCCCAAUCACAAGCGCCCCGCUCUGGACCAGUUCAGUUUGAGAAGGAUACCAAUGAUCCAUUUGCCAUUGAUCAGUUCCUGGACGAAGCCAAACGAGGAACCAAACGAAGCGGUGAAGAUUCAGAAGGGGAUGCGAAACGGACACGGGAGUAG